AUCGGAAUCGGAAUCGGAAUCGGAAUCCGAAGCAAACUCAAUUUUCUGUUCUGAAAAGGUAUUCCUUGUUUCGUAGAGGGAGAAGCUGCGCUCGUGCUCUCCUCCAUUACUUUCUCUUCCUUGCUUUACCCACCGAUAAUUCUCUUGCAUCGUUCGAUCUUCAUUCUAGUAAAAUACCGGAUCACCGAAAAACAUUGAGGCAAAGCUCUCCAUCUCUUUCUGGACAAACGGCAAAAGAAAACCAUGAUGACCUUGAAAGAAAAGGUAACUGAGAGCCUCUCUCGUCUCUUCGCUGAUUCGCCCAACUCUCCUCCUUCUUCUUCCCCAUCUGAUCUCGAUCAUAAUUUCAAGGCCAGGCCAUAUUAUAAAAGGGUUUUUUCAUUGGUUGCCCCAUUCGAUUGGUCCAAGUCAAGAAAGCACCAAGACACUCUAAUACCAAUCCAAUCACUUCCCGAUGUUCCCGUUAGAUGGAGAAGCAAAGAAUGUCGACAACGAGAUGAGCAAUUUAACAGCUAUCAAGAAGGCAGUGCAACUCGUGAUAAUGGUGCAGCACAAAAAAGUUGUGAAGUUUAUAAAGAUUAUAGUCCAGUAUCGGUAUGCGAGAACAAACAAACACUUUCUCCACGUGAUAAUCAUGAGGACCGUGACUCUCAAAGAAGCAGCAACGAUUCUGAUGUAUUAGAAGAGGCCAGUGAACAACAGAGUCCACAGAAGUCUUUACCUAACUUCACUGAUGACUCGGCUUUUAUUUCCCAAGACUUGUAUGAGUUCUUGAAGUCAUCCCUUCCUAAUAUUGUGAUGGGGCGGCAAUGGGUCUUGUUGUAUAGUACGUCGAAACAUGGUAUAUCACUCCGCACACUUAUCCGCAAAAGUGCUGACCUUUCUGGUCCUUGUUUGCUGAUUGCUGGAGAUAUGGGAGGAGCAAUUUUUGGUGGGCUGUUGGAUUGCCCCUUGAAGCCUACUGCAAAGAGAAAAUAUCAGGGGACACACCAAACAUUCAUAUUCACUACCUUAUAUGGUGCACCAAGGAUAUUUAGACCAACUGGUGUUAAUCGAUACUACUACAUGUGUUUGAAUGACUUAUUGGCACUUGGUGGUGGUGGAAACUUUGCUUUGUGCUUGGAUGGAGAUCUGUUAAGCGGAACUAGUGGUCCCUGUGAAACAUUUGGAAACUUAUGCCUGGCUCAUAGUCCAGAGUUUGAGUUGAAGAAUGUCGAGGUAAUCUACUGCUUUUUUUUCUUUUUUUUCUUUUUUUUCUUUUUUUUUGGUAGUCAAUGGCAUUCCGCAUAUGCUUAUGCUACUAAGUCCUUGUUCUCUUUAACAGCUUUAUGCAUUUGUGAUGCUGUUGUGUUAGAGCAAGUCCAACCUUACCACAAAAUAAUCUUCCUAUUACGUGGACUCUUCAUGCCAUUUCCUGGAUAUUGUAGGAUGCACUGCACAUAA